UGGUGAUUCCAGCAAAGAGGACGCGGGCGCUCUUCUGAUGCUAGAAACAGGCGCUCAUAUACAUCAAAGACAUGAAAGGAGACAACUGCGAGUGGGUUCAACUGGCGCACCCGACCAAAAAUACUGCGACAAAAUGCCUUUUCCGAAAGGCACCCUGAAUGACAAGCUCCAUGCGCACGUCACCAGUUAUCACAAGACCAGAGGCGGCCACAAGAAUUGUCCCUUGCAUUGGCCAACACGGGACAAAUUAUACGAC